GCUGGAGGGAAGUUUGGGGCAGAUAGUAAGACGUUCCUUAUCUGUUACCUCCAGAUAAACGAGGCAGCUAAGGCAGUGCUGAGGUCUUUAUUAUUACUAAUAUGAUCUACACGCUUCAGUACAUGGGAACACGCAUUCAGUGACCAGAGCAGAGAUCCCCCUACGCAGCCAUGAGAGGAUACUUCAUACUACUAUGCGCUCUCAGCCUCGAUACGUACCAUGCUGUGGAAGGAGUAACUCCUGAUGCCUCACAAAUGACUCCGAUCUCCAACACCCAUCCGGUCACCACACCUCAACUAGCCGUCUCUAAACAUCAAGAUACUACUCACCCUGGUGUGCAAGUAACCCACAAUGUAUUAGGAGGGACUCACGUCUCCAACACCCAACCGGUAACCAAACCACAACAAGCCCUCUCUUCAAAUCAAGAUACCACUCACCCUGGUGUGCCAGAUGUAACCCACAAUAUAUUAGGAGGGACUCACAUCUCCAACACCCAUCCGGUCACCACACCUCAACUAGCCCUCUCUAAACAUCAAGAUACUACUCACCCUGGUGUGCAAGUAACUCACAAUGUAUUAGGAGGGACUCACGUCUCCAACACCCUACCGGUAACCAAACCACAACAAGCCCUCUCUUCAAAUCAAGAUCCUACGCACCCUGUUGUGGAACGUGUAACUCAUAAUACAUUAGAACAGACUCACUUCUCCAGUACCCACCCGACCACCAAACCACAAAAAGCCCUCUCUUCAAAUCAAGAUGCCCUCUCUAAACCAAAUAUAACACUGAAGUCGUUGCACAAUAAAGCGCUCCAAAUAAGCUGCUUUUCCAAGUCUGGAGUACUCCCGAUCCAUUAUUCCAUCUUCCAGAAUGGUCUCCUGUUGAAAAAUGUGACGGUUCACACCAGGGAACCGGCCAACUUCAUUAUAAAAAUGGUUCCCGUGGAUACGGCCGUACAUAAGUGCACGGCGGAAAGCGGCGCCGAUGUCAAACACAGCGACGAAUUAACAGUAAGGAGCUCUCCUGAGGAAGCGGAGAGCACCAUGCCCAGCGAGAAAGACAGGACGGAGGAUAAUGAAGGGCCGAAGCACAUUAUCGCUCUGAAUCAUAUCCUAACCUCAGUCAAGCCUCAAGUGCAACAUCUUAACACCAUUCUGCUGAGCGUCUGCGGACCCAUAAUUCUCAUGGUCCUGGGGAUGUUUAUCAUCGUGAAUCAUUUCUGUGAGUAG